AUGCCAUCAUCUUCUUCUCUCCCUCUCCGCAAUUGCAACCAAUUUCCAUUCUUCCAUUUCCUCCCACCAACAACAACAACUUUCAACAACAAUCACUUUUCUCCAAUCAUAACCAAAUCACAAUCCAUGUCCUCUUCUUCAUCCAACAAUCCCUCACAACAACAACAACAACCUCAAAUCACAAACAUUGAACAACAACAAAACAAACUCUCCCAUGUCCUCAAAUACCACAACCAAACCAAACACAAUUUCAACAACUACGCAAGAGGCCCUCACGGUCUUGAUUGGGCCAACCAACCCAACCCAUUUCGCAGAUACAUCUCUUCCCCUCUUCUUCCCCUUCUCCAUUUCACCCCUCAACAAGAACAACAACAAUCACCCCUUUACUCAUCUCUCUUCAAUUCUCUCCCAUCUCCAAAACCCAUUUCCAAAUCCACCAUCUCUCAAUUCCUCUAUGAUUCUCUCGCCCUCUCAGCUUGGAAAACUACUUCCUUUUCAACUUGGUCCUUAAGGGAACAUUCUUUGGAACUCAGAGCUCAAAUCCCACCUGGGUUUUUCUCUAAAUUUUUUCCACCCAAUUGUUUCCUUGUUGGCUUUUCCUCCAUUUUCUGGCGUGAGUCUUGGAAGUAUGGUGAACGUGGCUUUAGAUACUGUAACCAUGAUGUUGGUCAUGCUAUUGCUGCUGUUUCAAUGGCUGCUGCUGGGCUUGGUUGGGAUGUGAAGCUAUUGGAUUCAUUAGGGUUUGAAGAGAUCAAGUUUCUUAUGGGAGCUCAUGUUUUUCCGGAAUUCAAAACGCCGCGGCGUGCUGUUAAAGGUAAGAUUCCUGAGAUUGAGUUUGAACAUCCUGAUUGUGUAAUGCUUGUUUUUCCGAGCGGGGUUAGUGGUUUUGAUUUGGAUUAUAGAGAAUUGAGUGAUGCUAUGUUGGAGUUUUCGAAGUUGGAGUGGAAAGGGAAACCUAAUUCGCUUAGUAAAGAACAUGUUUGUUGGGAUGUUAUUUAUAAAACUUCUGAAGUUGUUAAAAAGAGUUUAACUUUAGGAGAUAGGUUUUUGGUUGAUCCAUUUCAAAGAAGUGGAAUUUGUAAUGAAUCUGAAAGUGGAAGUGUUUACAAGGGUUUAACUGUGAGGGAAGUUGUUAGGAAGCGUAGAAGUGCGGUUGAUAUGGAUGGAGUUACUGGAAUGGAGAGGGAAACAUUUUAUCAGAUUUUGUCACAUUGUCUUCCAUCUGGUUCAGAAGGUGGAAAGAAGCAGGGGAAACAACUCUCUUUGCCGUUCCGAGCGCUUCCUUGGGAUGCCGAGGUUCAUGCUGCUUUGUUUGUUCAUAGAGUGACGGGGUUACCUCAGGGAUUGUAUUUCCUUGUGAGGAAUGAAGAUCAUUUUGCUGAGUUGAAGAAAGCUAUGAAUCCUGACUUUGUCUGGACCAAACCGGAGGGUUGUCCUGAUGAGCUUCCUCUAUAUGAACUCCUUAGGUCGGAUUGUCGGAAGCUUGCUAAGCAGCUUUCGUGUCAUCAGGACAUUGCAAGUGAUGGUUGUUUUAGCCUUGGUAUGUUGGCCCGUAUGGAACCUACUUUGCGUGAGAAGAACGUUUGGAUGUAUCCGCGCUUGUUUUGGGAAACUGGAGUUCUUGGACAGGUGUUGUACCUUGAAGCUCAUGCAGUUGGAAUCUCAGCGACUGGAAUUGGCUGCUUUUUUGAUGACCCUGUGCAUCAGUUACUUGGGUUAAAAGGGUCAACCUUCCAAAGCCUAUAUCAUUUUACUGUCGGAAGUCCUGUCGUGGACAAGCGUAUAAUGAGCUUACCGGCCUAUCCAGGCCCCGAAGAUGUUGCGUGA